UUGUUUGAAUAUCCUGCAUCUUGUAAGUCUUCUUUUACUAGGCAUAACUGCGUUACUCACUGGCAACGGCAGUCCUGCGUGGCUGGAUUAUUUAGAAGUAUUCCAACAGGUUCAGAUGAAUUGGCAGCUGAAGAAGAAGGCGAGUACGACCCAACCUAUCUUUCAAGAUUCUGUAACGUAUGCAAUCGCGAGGCGCCGAUCAGAAGUCAUCACUGUCCGAUAUGUAAAAUUUGUGUUCUGCGGAAAGACCACCAUUGUUUUAUAACUGGUGCAUGCGUUGGACUAGGAAAUCAACGUUAUUUCAUCAUAUUUCUAUUCUGGGCUUGUGUGGGUUUAUUACUUGGAGCACGGUACACCGCUGUUUAUCUGUAUCAAACCUCUUCGGCUGGUUUUCCUCUUGGAUUUUUGUACUGUGUUGGUCCGAUAGCUGUUGUUCGAUGGAUUAUCGGAUACACCACGUUUCUGCACGCUUUCAUAUGCACUAUAUUAUCCUUCAUUCUUGCGAGCCUCGUAGCGGCUGCGGGAUUUUUUGGACUCCAGAUUUAUUAUACUUGCUAUGGUUAUACCAUGUACGAGUACCACAGCAGUGUGCGUGACGCGUUCGACGGUGACGGGUACGCAUUUACUCCCUUUCACUACGCCAUUGAGAAAAUUGAUUACAAUUUCAGCGCUAAUAUCGGGGAAAGAUUUCGUCUUAUUUUUGGCCGCUAUUGGAUACUUAAUUUCCUUUUUCCUCAAUUCUGGAACGCUCAGAUCUUAACCACCCAGAUUGCCACCAAUUUAUUUCGCGUGAGGAGCAAACAGCUUUAG